AUGAUUCCAAACUCUAAUGAAAAACCCUUGAUGGGCAAUUCCUGCUCUAAUUGCUCUGAUGACACAUCUGAUCCUACAAAAGUAAUAUUCAAGAAAGGCAGUCGUGUUCAUUGGACCGGAAAAGGAGAAAUAUCAACGGCACCCACGUCUGACAUUCAGAUUGCACCGGAAACUAGCAAUGUUACUAUAGACCGAGACUCGACAUCGGAAAUUCAUUUGAACAUUGGUGCUUCCGUUGAGGAUGCUAAAUUGGUUACCGUUACCGUGAGAUCGGAGCGCAUAAGAGAGGAAAUUUGUCCUGAAGAAGGGCGUGGAAAUUUCAACAUUAGGUGUUAUUAUAUGAUAAAGUUAAAGAAUGGGGAUUUGAAGAAGGUUGAAGAGGGACAGCUAAGUAGGAUAGCAAAGGAUCGAUAA